UUCUGACUGAAAGCCACAGCUGAGAAACUACAGUGAGGAACAUUGGCUUCCAAGUGUUGCCAUGAGUAAGGACCUCGCAUGCUUGGUGUUGGUGAUUUCACUGACAUCAUGUGAAGCCUUGACAUUGACUUCAAAACAAGUGGUGUAUCCUCAUCUAGUAGAAGGUCGAACGAAUGACGGCCCAAAAGUGUUGAUGAUUAAAGAUGAUUUGACGCUAAACCUACUGCCGAGCAAAGUGUUCUCGGAUGUAGUCACUGUGUCCUCGUUCAGAAAAGACGGCACGCCGCUGCGUUACCAGUUUAAGGGAGCCAAGUAUGAAGAGGGACUUCACCAUGACUCUGAGAAACUGGCCUCAGUUUUCAUAAGCUACGGCGAUGGAUUGCAAGUGGAGGGCAUAGUUAGUCCUUCUUUUGCUAUCAAGCCCAUGAAGGCCAGAGAGCGUUCACCAGAGGGUCAUGUGGCUCAUCAGCUGUUUCACAUCGACGACAGCAGCGGCGGUUACAAGGUCAUGGACUACGUUGUUCCAAGAGAUCCCAAAGAACAAGGUUACAGUGCACUUGAAGAUUCGAAUUCUGGAAUGACGGGAGAUGAGGAAACAGAUGCCUCACAAGCACGAGUAGCUCCCUCGGAAUCUGUGGAGAUAUUAGAACGCAUCGGUAACUCAGGUGAACGAAACGACGUGGUCUACUACCCCGAAGUUCAUUUCGUCUUCCACAGCCGAUAUGCGAAAGUGUAUAAGUACAACAAGACCAGCAUUAUAAGAUACCUUGCCAUUGUUAUCAACGCCGUGAACCUCAAGUACGAUACCCUGAAGUUGCAACGAGUCCAGAUAAGAAUCCUUGGGCUGACAAUCGAGAGAGACGUAACCAGCGAAAGCUAUAUUACAAAAUUCGGGAAAAGCAAGUACGUCGACGCUAAAACGACAUUGUCGAAAAUGGCUGAACACUUUCACGCAAACAAGGACUUUAAAAGAGCUGACCUGUUCUUCCUCGUAACAAGCUUUGACCUUGCGAGUGCACGUGAUAACAAUAAUCUGGACAACAAGACUGAUGGCAUGGCGAUGGCUGCAGCAGUGUGCACAAAAAACAAAGUGGCCAUAUGCGAGGAUGAUUACCAAUCUUACAAGCUCGUCCGUUGUUUCGCUCAUGAAGUGGCACAUUCCCUAGGUUGUGUGCACGACGGCGAAGCCCCACUUUACAAAGGUCACCCGGGGGCGAAGGCCUGUGGAUGGGAUUUAGGCUAUUUAAUGAGCUACGUGACAGGAACCGAGCGUGAGCAUCAAUUCUCUCCCUGCUGUGACCAGCAAAUGAAAAAUUUACUAAGCCUGGAGAACUUCCGUUGUGUCCGUACGACAUAUACCGUGAAGAAGAAUUACACAUCUGACCUCUUACCCGGAUACGUUAUCACGGCUGAUACCCUGUGCUUUCGUAGCUAUAAGGAUACAGGACACACAUAUUUUAAGGACAAGAGCAAGCCUAUGAAAAAUUGUAGAAUCGCCUGUAGAACGGAGUACACUAACACAACGGUCUUGAUUGACGGGAAACUAUACAUGCAGUCCACUUAUGAAACGGGAGAAGUGGCUGCCGUGGACGGUAUUGCUUGCGGCACUAAUGAGGUUUGUUACAACGGUGUUUGCGGGGUCCAGAGCAAGUAUCCUCGCAAGAAGAAGACUAAGACUAAGAAGAACAAUAAGAUUAAGACUAAGAAGAACAAUAAGACUAAGACUAAGAAGAACAAUAAGUCUAAGAAGACUAAAAAUAAGUCGACGAGUAAGAAGGCCAAGAAAACCUAGAGGUCAUUCUUUGCACGGUUGAGUCGCGGGUUAACAUUGGCAUAUCUUGCAGGCUGCACGUGCACUGACGUCCUAUUUUGUAACCAGACUUUAUAGGAAACUAUAUCACUUUCUUGUAAGAUGCACCUCAAGCGACGCUCACAGUAAUAAAGCACCUUGAUCUGAA